AUGAUUGCGAUGAAGGCAACAGGCAUUUUUGUGCUUCUCACCCUGGCGGUUCUUUGCUUAGCAAAUGCUGACAAGGAGAACGAGGUAGACUGCAGUGAAUACACGAGGUUAGAGAGAGGAAGACCUAUCUACUGCGAAAAGCUCUACCAACCUUUUUGCGGCUCUGAUGGGAAAACAUACAACAACAAAUGUUCUUUCUGCAAGGCAGUCCUGAAGAGCAGAGGAGCCUUACACAUGAAGCAAGCAGGCGUAUGCUGAAUUAAUUCCACAUGACGGAGAAGAACGCUGAGAACAGCUUUACACUGCCUUAUCAUGAUCUCCUAAUUUAAUUUCAUUCAUCUUGCCUGUACUAAUAAUAGAGAACAAAGCUCCAAAUACACUUUUCAGCUGUGCUCUGACGUCUGCUGCUUCUCCCUGCUGCGGAGUGCUGAGAUUGGUGCUUCUGUCAUCCCUGCAAAACUUCCUCAGGAUUCCCAUAAGCACUCCUCUUUCUGUAGCACACUGGUUUUCAUGCAAGCUCUGCAUUGUAUAUCUGUCUCCAUAGCGAACAUUCAAAUCUUCUUACA